AUGAGUCUUACCUGUUCGCAACUUGAAGCACUUGAAAAAGUGCAACAGAUAUUGGACAGUGCAGGAUUGUCCCCUAUCUCAGUCACAAGCUCAGUUGUGUCAUCGCCGUCAUCACACCAAAAUACACCAGACGUGGAUUCAACCCUCGACACCAUCUCCACUCCCCCAUAUCCAAGAUAUCAGUCUCCCGCUCCAUAUUAUUUUACCACCGAGGAAAUUUCACGGAGAGCCAACUAUGUGAAUCGAGCCACCAAAGUCAGCGCAAUUGUUGAUCACCCUGUUCAUGCUAUCCUCGAGUAUCCCAUAACAGCACCUGGCAGCAUUGCGCACCGUUUUGUUGUUGAUCCCAUAUCCUUCGUGCAGCCUCAAUCAGCAUUCCAAUAUUCUCUUGGUGGAGGUCAUGGUGGGCGUGAAAAUGCAGUGUGCCUGCUUCUCCGAGAUGAUGCAGGCAAAGGUGUUCGUUGUCGCCAGCUUAAGUCAUCGUGCAAUGGCCUCAAGGCUGGAUACAGUGAUGAUUCUGCAGAGGCAGAGGUUUUCAACAAGACUCUAGCAUUUUUUUGUGCUGUCUCUGAACGGGGAUGUGGCUUCGAUGCAAACUUGGAUUUAAGUCCUGAGAUAGUACUAGACAGCUUUGAUCUUCACUCCGAGUCAGAGUCCAGGGGGUGUGGGGCUCCCCUCAUGUUAUCUGUGAAUAAUCUUGGCCGUCCAUAUAUUCACUGCAAAAAUUUCAAUGCUUCUGUUUCUCGAGCUCGCACCCAUCUUGUCCUCCGGAAUUUGGACGAAUUCAAUACUGAUUACUUGCGGGCACUUAUAGAGAACGACCUGAAGGCAAUUUCCUUUCAUGAAACACGAGCAAAAAAUGAUGGAUAUGGUCCUCUCAUGCCGUGCACAUUUGUUGCCUCCCCUGCUGAGCAGAAGCAAUGUUGUCCAUAUUGGCAUCGAAAUCAUGAAGGAAAAUUGGCUCGUGGAACACUUCAUAGCUGGCCAGUUCCAUGCAAGGCAAAGUUCGACAUAUAUACACCAUACAAUCUCACUGCCUGCCCACAAGUCCUCGUUAUCUGCACCAACAAUCACAGCCACCCUCCGCCUGCACCUGUCAAAACUCCAGAAGCUAUUAAAGCCAUUUUCUACGAGUUGCUGCUCACACUCAGCUGGAAACUUGCUGAUGCAACACCACGUCGGAUUUUACUUGAUUCUGCAUUCAUACAAGCUUUACAAGCUCACCUCAGUUGGAAGGAAACCCGCAAUCCCACACUGUCAGACCUUCACCCGUCUCUUGGGAACUCUGACCAUGCUCGGCGCCUCAUCAACACUUUGCGGUUUAAUGAAUUUCCAAGUGGAACAGGAUUCGCAGGUGCUAUUCACUUGGCAACAAAACACGAUCUUUUGCCCAUUGACGAGCGCUAUAUUCGUUGUGCGGAGUCACAUCAGCUAUCCACCAAAUCAGCAUCAAAUCCACCUGCGGCCACCACAUCAACUUCGAUUAGUAGUCUGCGGCUGAUCAUUUGUAUGACAAAGCGGAUGUCAUGGCAUCUGAUGCAAGCAAAACGGCUCUCGAUCGACACUUCAUUCAAACGUGUACAUGGCUGGCAGGAAUUUGAAUUUGAGUCUUGGGACGUUGCCCACAUGAAAUCUGUUAUUGGUGCUCGAGCAUUCACGACAUCUCAAUCAGCACAAGCACACUUCAUCCUCUUCCAACGAAUAUUCGAGAUUGCCAGUGCGGACACAGGUUGUGCUGUUCAGUUUCAAUACAUGCACGGAGAAGGGAUUCAAACCAUCAUUGCUGAUGGACAUAAAGGUCAAGGUCUUGGCCUAGGUAUGUAUUGCGUAUACCUGUGUAAAGACUCAAUACAGGCUUGCCGCUAUGACACCACUGCUCUACUUCGUGACCUGGAUCCAUAUGACCAUCUGCGCCGCUUCUACCGUCUAUGUCUUGCGCACUAUAAACGGAAUAUCCGUAGUCUCCGUGGUCAAAUUCCCAAAGAUGUGGAAAUUGCCAUGUUGACGAUCGCAUCAGCGGAGCCUCAUCCUGAUCUACAGGGAACAUUGAAGAAGAUAAAGAAAGGUGGAAAAAAGGCUGCAGCAUGGCUUAAAGAUAAAAUUGAGGGCACGAAGUUUGUGCUACCGGCACUCUAUCAGCCAAACAGUCUCAUCCCGCUCGAAAUUUGGAAGGCCUCACCAACUACUACCAAUGGAAACGAGCAAGCACACAGGAAUAUCAAUCGUGAUGGUGUGGGUCUUACGCUAUUGGGAGGAAUCAUGCGAGGAUUUCACUACGACACAAACAUCAGCGCUAGUUUGGACCUUUUCGAUGCAUUUGGCAUCAACUCCAGCGACCGUUUAUCUACCCAUGCUUACCGUGCAAAACGUGCUCUUGCUCGACAAGUCAGAUAUACAAGGUCUUCGCCCUCGGAGGGCAACACAAGCUUCGCAUGUGUUCAUCUCACUCCUCCACCUGUUGAGCCCCAACCUGAACUCAUUCCCAACUCGUCUCUGAUGACCGGUUCCACCGGCGGCGCCAUCCCAGUAUCGACAUUCAGCACUCUCACUUAUGCACUAACUGCAGGUGCACACGUUAUGGAUCAUCGAGCUCGUUCCCCAUCGUUUAGUGCUGCACCUCCCACUGUAUGCGCAGUACAUCACCAUAUCUAUCCCACUCGAGAUCAACUGAGCACUUUCAGUACAUUGCAAGGUGCUGUAGAGUAGAUGAUACGAUGCCCGGCGGUGCAAUUUUUAUUAAUGGUGCAAAGAUUACAUGUAUG